CUUUUAUCAGUUUAAUACCAUGUCCGGUAAGCGUGCCGCUCCCAAGAAAGUUGUUGAACCCGUUACCUUGGGUCCCCAGGUCCGUGAAGGUGAACUCGUUUUCGGUGUUGCCCACAUCUUCGCCUCCUUCAACGACACCUUCGUCCACGUUACCGAUCUUUCCGGCCGUGAAACCAUCUCCCGUGUUACUGGUGGUAUGAAGGUCAAGGCUGAUCGUGAUGAGUCUUCUCCUUACGCUGCCAUGUUGGCUGCUCAAGAUGUUGCUGCCAAGUGCAAGGAAGUCGGUAUCAACGCCCUCCACAUCAAGAUCCGUGCUACUGGUGGUACUGGUACUAAGACCCCCGGUCCCGGUGGACAGAGCGCUCUCCGUGCUCUUGCCCGUGCUGGCAUGAGAAUCGGUCGUAUUGAGGAUGUCACUCCCGUCCCUACCGACUCUACCCGCAGAAAGGGUGGUCGUCGUGGUCGUCGUUUGUAAAUUGUUUACACCAUUCGUGUUUACUUUCGUUUUUGCAUAAAAUAUACGAAUCCACGUUUUGCCAUCUAAAACUA